AUGAUAACAUUGAAAAGUGCUGCUGAGCUUCUUGGCAGUAUUCCUGACCUUACUUUAGAGACCAUAUUUACAUUCGCCUUGUUGGCAACAAGCUUGAAGGAUGACAUAAUUCUCACACAACCCGCCACACACGAUAUCGACGAGCCUCCGCUAUUCCUUCCUCCAAGUAUUGUCACAUUCCUCAGUGGCGCUUGUUGA